AAUUAAAUAAUCUGAUUCCAAUUGGACACGAAUAUGAGAGGAUGUGUUCUUACCAAACUUAAAUCGAGUGAGUGAAAAGAAGGAAGGAAGAAAGAAGUGAGAGAUGGCGGGGUUACUGGCAUGGGCAGCGGACGUGGUGGGCGGCGGAGGCGAAGAAGAGGAGGGAUCGAUCCCGAUCAUAUGGUCGGAAGAUCAGAGGAAGUACGUUUGGGAACUGGACCAGAAGGCGUCAUCUCUCCGCCGUUCGAUCGAUGAUCUACGGCUCAGAUUGCCUCCUCCUGAUAUCUCACAGAGCCUCCCUCAUCUCCACGCUCACUCCCUCGCCUCCAACAAUGCCCUCACCCUCCAACUCAACUCCCACUCCACCACCCGCCAACAGGCCCAGCUGAGAGAGGUGACAUUGAAAGAAGAAAAUGCUGCUUUUGAGAAUGCAAUAUCAAAUUGCGAGAACAAAAUAAAGGAGAAAUUGCAAGAGAAGGAUUUGCUGCAGAGGAGGUUAGAGGAGAUGGAUGAAACUGAAAAGAAACUGAGAACUGAUCAGGACAGUGUGCAGCAGCUGCAAGCUUCGCAAGAUGCUGGCAAAUCAUGGAAUUCUGGUGCUUGGGAGGAAGAAACCAAGACAAAUUCGAAAGCUGGAUCAGAUGCAGAUGUUGAUGUAGAAGCGGCAAAAUCGGCUAUGCUAGAAGAAUUGGAACAGAGAAAAAAAGAUCUGAAUUCAAUGGAGGAUACUGUGAGAGAGUUGGAGAAGAAAUGGGCAGUACUGCAGGAAAAUGCACAUAAACAGCCAUCACCAGUGCAAAGAGAGAAGACACUGGAUAAACAGCUCCAUGGUCUAAUUGAGCAACUAGCCGUGAAACAGGCUCAAGCUGAGGACCUAUUUAGUGACAUUCAUCUGAAAGAGAUGGAGCUGGAAAGAUUGAAUGGACUAUGGCGACGAAUGGAAAACAGCAAUUCGGAGGCGAACGCUGCUAGGAAUCGUUUUGGUAAAAGCUCCUCUGAUAAGUUAUAUGGUUUGUCAGAUUAUGAGGGUCAUCAAAGGCUUCCUUACCAUUCUGCUGGCAAAACCGAAAGCCAACAGAGGCUUAUGCUCCUCAGUUGCAGGGUAUUGCUGGCAGUAGGCUUCUGUUCCAAUAUGGAGUGGCAUACAGGAGAGAGAAUUUUGCUUCAAUGUUCUGGAGCUGUAUUAAGUCUGGUAGUAUGCAAAAAUGUGAAAUAUGCAUCACUUUGAAACUGACAGUAGGUGGCUCGUGGUCUCAAGUCUGGUAGUAUGCAAAGUUUUUGGCCUUGGUUUAGUGAAAUAAUUGAUAGUAUCUUGGUGUGGUGCUAUGGAAUGGUAUUUUCUAUUUGGGAUAUGUUUUUUGGUACAGGGCUGUCUUAGUUUCAACAUGUGGUUUCUAACUUUUUGAGGUGUUUACUGUCUUAGGUGUGUUGGGUAUGGCACUUUUAGCGUUUGGGUACUCUUUUUCCUACUCUAGGUUUUUAUCCCACUUGGGUUUUUCCUAAAGAGGUUUUAAUGAGGCUCAUCGCUGAUUGUGGUUUCGUUUUUUAGGUGAGUAUUUGGAAUUGUCUUAUACAUGAGAGGGCUGUUCUCAUGAAUCACUUAUUAUCAAUAAUAUCCAUUUAUGUUGUCAAAAAAAAAAAAAGAAUAUGAUAAACAUAUGUAAUGUACUUACAUUAAUGAAGCUCAAUAAAGAAUUUAUUGUACA